CAUAACCUUCUCUCUGAAUUGAUACAAUGAAGCUAUUCAAGAAAUCGAAAAGAAAUUCUAAUGAAAGAAUCUACUGUCGUACGUGCAGAAAUCCAGUUGCACGCGUUCAAGAUUAUAUUCGGAGGGUUCGUCGAGGAACGAUCAUAAUUAGAAGAGUGUAUAAUGUUUACGUACCAGGCGAUAUGGAUCAUCUGUAUGGAUUUAUCACAGCUGAUACUUACUGUGGCCGAUGUGGAACGUUGAUUGGGUGGAAAUUUAUUGUAGUCCCACUAGGGUCCGUGGCUGCUAGAGCAGGAAGAUUCAUGUUGAUGUCGAGAAAGGUUGCUUUCUGGGAUGGAGUACCAUUCCUUCGUUUAAAUGCAAAUGAAGGUGUAGGCGCUAAUGAGCAAAAUGCAAAUCAAGGUUUAGGCGCUAAUGAGCAAAAUGCAAAUCAAGAUUUAGGCGUUAAUGAGCAAAAUGCAAAUCAAGAUUUAGGCGUUAAUGAGCAAGAUGGAGAAGCUAAUGCUGCAGUUCAAGAUGGAGGCGGAAAUGAACAGAAUGAUGAUCAAGAUGUGGGCGCUAAUGCUGCAGUUCAAGAUGGAGGCGGAAAUGAACAGAAUGAUGAUCAAUAUGUGGGCGCUAAUGCUGUUGUUCAAGAUGGAGGCGGAAAUGAACAGAAUGAUGAUCAAUAUGUGGGCGCUAAUGCUGUUGUUCAAGAUGGAGGCGGAAAUGAACAGAAUGAUGAUCAAUAUGUGGGCGCUAAUGCUGUUGUUCAAGAUGGAGGCGGAAAUGAACAGAAUGAUGAUCAAUAUGUGGGCGCUAAUGCUGUUGUUCAAGAUGGAGGCGGAAAUGAACAGAAUGAUGAUCAAGAUAUGGGCGCUAAUGCUGCAGUUCAAGAUGGAGCUAGAAAUGAACAGAAUGAUGAUCAAGAUGGCGGGGAUCCAAUGAACUGAAUGAAGAUUCGAUGCAGAGCAGCUAAUGAUGAGAAUGUAGACAUUGAUAGCCUACUCAUGCUGACAUACUGCUUAUACAAAGUGCUAUAAUUCGUAAUUGAGUCAUAUUCUGUUUCCAUUUCUGUUUUGGGACUCAACUUUUUACACGUUUGAGCUCCGUUCUCUGUAUGCUGUUUAGUUUGUUUUUAAUUUCCUCAACUGCAACAGCUAUACAGUACUCAAUGCUAGUGAACUUUUUGUUUGUUUUCUUA